ACUAUUAAAGCAGCAGCCCACUGACCAGAAGAAUCAGUUUUGAGGACCUUCGAAAGAGACCUCAUGCGCUUUUCGUCUUUUGGUUUCUUCGUGGGACGAGAAACCAUGGCGUCAAUAAAUCUCAUUUUACUGCUGCCAUUACUUGCUGCUAUUGUCCAUGGCCAGCGGUUCAACUCUCAAGAUGCGUGCCUCGCCAUGCUGGAACGAGUGAACGAACCUCUUUUCAUGCCAAAAUGUGAAAAGGGAAUAGUGUUCGAUAUGCCCGCUGAAUACAUGUCUCCUCGCUACCAAAAGGCGGGCACUGUGUUGUCAAACCGAUUUGGCGAGGGGAAUAGAGUGGGUGUAAGAAUUCCGAUCAAAAAAAUCCAAAUGCCAAAUUUCGACGAAUUUAUGAAAUUCCCUAGACUGGCACAAUUUUCGAAUUUCAUUCCAAUGCAUCGAAAUUUGGGCGCAAAGCUCAUUGCCAUCUUCAUGGAAAUGAGAACCGUGGAAGAUUUCUUUGCUGUGGCCACGUAUUUGAGAGACAGAAUUAACCCCAAUUUAUUCGUGUACGCUUUUUCCGUGGCUAUUAUGCAUCGCUCAGACACCAGAAAUGUCCGAUUGCCGCCUGUUACUGAAACUUUCCCUGGUAAGUUUGUGGACGGUUCCGUUUUCAUGAGAGCCAGAGAGGAGUCGAGCGUGCUCAGCGACGCCAGUACGGUGAACAUGAGGGCUACAAUUGAAAUUCCACCUGAUUACACUGCCACUCUAUUGGAACCUGAGCACCGACUGGCCUAUUUCCGCGAGGAUUUGGGCAUCAAUCUGCACCACUGGCACUGGCACUUGGUCAAUCCGUUCUCCGGACCCAGAGAUUUGGUUCAAAAGAACAGGCGAGGCGAACUUUUCUACUAUGCACAUCAGCAAAUCAUCGGCAGGUACGACUUUGAACGUCUCUGCAAUCGCCUGCCGAGGGCUGCCCGUCUGCAGAAUUUUAACGAACCUAUUCCCGAGGCCUAUUUCCCCAAACUGUCUACUCAAAUUGCCAGCCGAAAUUGGGCAUCGCGACCUGGUGGAUUGAUUAUGAGAGAUGUGAACAGAGAGGCUGACCAAUUAAGAGUGGACUUAGCCGACCUUGACAGAUGGAGGUCUCGAUUUUUGGAGGCAGUUCAGAAAGGAAGAGUUGAAGCGGCAAAUGGAACAACUAUUAACAUAAUUAACGAUAUUGGUAUCGACAUAUUGGGUGACAUGAUGGAGCCCAGCGAUUAUAGUAUCAAUAGGCCAUUGUAUGGUGACUUCCACAACCUGCUCCACGUAGCAAUUUCUCUCAUCCACGACCCUGACCUGAGGCAUCUUGAGACGUUCAGCGUGGUCGGCGAAGCUGCUACUGCUAUGCGCGACCCCGUUUUCUACAGGAUCCACUCUCUUGUGCAAGAAAUGUUCAACCAGCACAAACUUACCCUGCCCAGAUACACUGUUGAGCAGCUCGAUUUCCAAGGAGUAACAGUUCAGAGGGUUGAGUUGAGCACGCCAAACGUGCCUGUCAACACGUUCCAAACCUUCUGGCAAAAAAGCACCGUCGAUCUGAGCAGAGGAAUGGACUUUUUCCCUCGCGGCCCAGUUUUUGCUCGAUUCCAACACCUUCAGCACACAGACUUCUCUCUGAACAUCGACGUCAACAAUGCUGGUGCACGACGUCAAGGUCUUGUUCGCGUUUAUCUUGCUCCCAAAAAUGACGAGCGCAACCGGGACAUGGCAUUUGUUGAGCAGCGCAACAUGUUCAUUGAAAUUGAUAAAUUCCUUGUUGACUUGCAACCUGGCCCUAAUAAGAUUGUGCGUGCAUCACGCCAAUCAACCGUGAGCAUACCAUUCGAUCAGUCUUUCCGCAACCUUGAAGUAGGAAGACCCGCGGACAACGCCUCGGCGAACGCACAGGACAACUUCAACUUCUGCGGUUGCGGUUGGCCUCACCACAUGCUCAUCCCGAAAGGAACUCCCGAGGGUUUCCCCAGCGUCCUGUUCGUCAUGGUUUCCAACGCCGAAACCGACUGGAAUCCACGUCGCAACCCCGGAAGCAGUCAGUGCGCGGAAGCCUCCGCCUAUUGCGGUCUCAGGGGCGAGUUGUACCCUGACCGCCGUCCGAUGGGCUACCCCUUCGACCGGCUGCCCCGCAACGGCGCCGUCACCUUGCAGACCUUCCUCACUGGCAACAUGCGCGCCCAGGACGUGACCAUCCGGUUCAAUGAUCGCAUCGUCGACAACACGCCCAACAAUGGAGAACGACCUCGCACGACGGACGUCUUGUUCCCUCCACUUCAGCCAGCCAGGGGUCAAACGCAACCCCAGCCAGCCAGAGGUCAAACUCAACCCCAGCCAGUCAGAGGUCAACCAGCAAGGGUCCAAACUCAGCCAGGCGGAGGUCAAACUUGGCCACAAGGAGGUCAGCCCCAGCCAAACUGGGGUCGUCCUCAGCAACCACCUCCCAGGAAUCAAAAUCAAAACUUCCCUUGGGGUGGACAGUCCAGUGGUGGAAGGCCACCCACGGACUUCAAUAAUCUUUUCGGCGGGGACAGAAACAACCGAGGACCAAACCCUGGCAAUGGCCGUGGAAACAGCAACCCCAUCUGGUUCCCUGGCCAAGGUGGGAACAGAAGAUGGUUUUAAAGUAUUAGUUUAAGAAUGAGAAAUUUUGGGAAAUAAAAUUUAGGAUUCAAAAUUAUGUUUUGGUUUUUUUCCCGUUCUAUUAAAAAUUAAUCUUUGUUACUUUGACUUUUGAUUCAUGUGAAUAAAAAUAUAUUUAAAAAAAA